CACGAAAUGUUUGUGGUCCGGUGACUGAGUAGUCUAGUAGAAAGCGGCCUACCGUCGUUGAAGCGUGUGCGGCACGAAAGCUCAGUGCCAGCUCGCCGGCGUUAGAGGGAGCUACUUGGGUGAUAAAAAUAGCUGUCCGGCAUUACUGUAGCGAUGAAGUGGUGGGAGAUCCUAGCCUUGGAGGAGUUGCUUCCAGUCCUCCACAAACGCCUCCAUUCAACGGUCAUGGACAUUGUAGACAUUAUCGUCUCGGUUCAAAUGCUUGAUAUUGGCAGCGUCGAGUACGCUCGAAUUAUCCACGACCAACUGAUCCCACACGAACGAGUAACUGAGCUGCUGCGACAACUGAUUAUCUUGUCGGCUGAGAAGGAUGCCAUCGCUGGCGAUGCUCCCGAUGGCGAUGGUCCUCCAUCUAAGGAAUUCACCCAGCUAUGUAAAGCAAUCCGUGAGGUAGGUGAAACGGAGGUGGCUGAACAGCUGGAAGCGAUGAUACAACAAUGCAAGAAAACUGGAAGCCCUGAGGAAUUAGUGAAGUGUCGCUUGCUGAAGUCCAGAGUAGUAGGCUGUCUGGAAGAGUCGAUAGAGGAGGUGUGUGAACUGUACCACCAGGUAGCUGAACACGAACGUGUGGCAUUGCUGACAGCGGAGGAAAGAAAGCAGAAAUGCCUGGAAAAAUAUAGGGAGUAUUUGCAGAACCUGUGCCGACAACGCUGUAGGAGAUCCGAUAUGUCAUGUGCUGCUGACGAGUUCCUGCAGGAGGAUGCUCGCAAGGCAUACAUUUCCAUGCAAGCAUUGAGUCAGAGAGAAGCCUUGCGUGCUGCCAGAGCAUACAAACAGAAAGGCAAGGGCAAAGUAACUGAGCUAGAAGAGGCAGCGGACGACCAGAGAUCAUUUCCAUUGGAGAACCCGUCUCAACUUCUCACGGCACCGCAGCAAAACAGAAGAGCAAGGUCGAAUGGAGCAAAUGCUACUGAAGAUUCACCUGGCGAGCGUGCGGGAAAAAGGGAACCAUGGAAGACCAUGAUUAUGGCAGAUGCUGGUAGAGGCAAGACCAUGUUGUGCAGACGGGUGAUGGCAGAUUUCGUAUACAAGGAAAGAGACGAUGCUGCCACUGCUGCUGAUGAUCUACGUGAUCAGUUUGACUUUGUCAUUCCCAUCUGUGUGCAAGACGAAGACAGCCUUUCCACAACAAGUUGGAGUGAUUUUCUCGGUUUUGACGAACUCGGGCUGACCGGCAUGUUGAAAGAAAAGGAGAGGGAAAUCGUACUGGAGCACUUGUCAGCUAACUCUGACCGUGUACUGCUCAUCAUUGAUGGUGUUGAUGAGAGCAGUGCAGACGCUUUCCGCUACAACUCAGCCGCACGUGCAUUCAUGGAGGGCGAGAGGAGCAUGCUAAUGGGUGCUUCCGCCAUCAUCACCAGCCGCCCAUGCCAACAGGCAUACGAGAUUGUACCAGACUGCGCCAUGCACUAUCGACUUGGUGGAUUCAGCGAAAAGCAGCUGCAAGAGUUUGUGUGCAGUCGACUAGGAGAGGAAGACGGCAUGGCAUGCAUGUCAGAGCUCAGUCAGCCGGCCUACAAACAUUUGAAACAAGCAGUGCAGAGCACGCCACUACUGGCCACACUACUUUGUCAGCAGUACUUUCUCUCUAACAGUGUUCCUGCAUGCACUACUCUGUUCUAUGUACAGUACCUGUGCUCCGCCAUUGCACGACUGGAGAAGAGGCGUGGUGCCACUUUCGGCAAAGUGUCUUUGGCACGAGCAGUCCAGAGUGAGUUCUGCGGAGGACGGCUAUUCGAAUGCGGCGAGGAGGUAAGCCUAUACACUGUCGUUGAGUAUCACCUUGAAGAGUUUGUAAGAACUGACAGGCCAAGUGAACGCAAUGCUGAGUGUGUGGAGAUAGUGCAAGCUCUUUCUGCUUUGAACGGUCUUUGUUUAGAAGGCCUUUGUAAGCGGUCGUUCUCCUUUCCGGCAACUACAUUGCCAGAGAUUGCUGUGCGCAGGUGUCUAGAGCUUGGCUUACUCCUGCAGAACAGAGAUCGGAGGUCAUCUUACCGAGGACGAGUCACCAUCGCUCUCCCACACAUAACAAUGCAAGAGUGGUGUGCUGCACGUGCAUGUACCUCGGAACUGAAUUCAAUUAGCAGCGCUAGAGAAUGUUUGGGAGACUUUGGCGUGGAGAAGGAGAGGUGGCAGUUCUGGAAGUUCUUUGUCGGCACAGCUAGGAGUGACGUCUUGGAUGAGAUAUUGUCUGGAAUGAAGAAUUCAUCGUCAUUCACAGGAUCCUUAGCGAAGAGGUUUCGGCUUUUCCUGAUGCGAUGUGUUAUGGAACACCGCCUGUCAACAGGAAAAUUAGGCUCAAAAUCCACUUCUGUUCCCCCGCAGUCCUUUGCCAAGGAGUCUGUGAAUUUAUCUGGUAUGACCCUUGAUGACACAGACAUCAAAUCUGUGUGUAGUGUAUUGGAGAUUGUGGACAAAGGAACUGUUGAUUCUCUAAAUCUGGAAGGCUGCAAUUUGAAAGAGCAUCACGUAGCAGAACUUGCACCACUUCUUGAAAAGGCUCGUGUUGUGAACAUAUCUUCCAAUCCCCUGAGUGGAUUUCCACUGAAGAGCAUUUCGGAUCAGCUGAAGGUGUCAACAGGCGUGGAGAAUCUGCAGCUGAAAUCUACUCGUCUUACCAAAGCAGAGCAAGAUGGAGCAUCCCUGGCAGCGUGCUUCAUGCAUUCCUCCUUGACAGCAAUGACACUGAGACAUUGCAAACUAGACAAUGUGUGUUUGGCGUCAUUAGCUGAGAACAUUUCCUUGUGUUCAAACCUCGAAACAUUGUCACUGGGAGAGAGUUCUUUGGGGUACGGGUGCGGGACAGAUCUAGCACGGCUCAUGACCCAUUUGCCCAAUCUGCAGACUCUUAUUUUGGAUGAGAUUGGCCUUGGUGAUGAUGACCUUGGAAAGGUUUUGUCAGCGCUUAGCGUCCAUCGUUCAAUAGCCGAAUGCGACUUUACCGACAAUCAGCUCAGCGACACAAUUGAUCGUCAUCUGCUUAGCUUCUUUCGCAGUCGACGCUCUCAGGAACGGGCAUAUUGUGCUUCAAUCGCUCCUGCUACUCCAUCUUCACAACCAACCCAGUGUGAAAUCCUGCUAAACGGAAAUCCUGGGGUUACACUAGAUCUACUUGAAAAGCUUGCUCAGUCUGGAGUCUGUGGUAAUGAUGCCGUGCACUUCAGGUGCUGGUCUGUCACAUCCGUCUCCGUCAUCCGUAAAAGCGUGCCAACCCUGGUCAACAAGCACGGUGGCAUUCUAGUCGGCUUUGUACCAGAAGAAUCCAUGGCUGAGAUGGGAGAAUUCCUUGUGACCGACUCUACCCUGAAAGAAUUGGACCUGUCUUACAACCAGCUCAACGACAUUGGCGUCCAUUGCAUGGUGAUGCAUGGGCCCAGCCAAUAUCAGUAUAUCCGUUACCUGUGCCUUUCUUGUAAUAACAUACACCUGAGUGGAGCUGCUGUUCUUGUUGACGCCUUCAGAAACUCAGAACUGCUAGUAUUAAGAUUGAAUAGGAAUCCUCUCUUCCAAGAUGCUGACACCACGUCAACCGACUAUGCUCUCUUCUUCUCUAGCCUGGCAGAGCUCAAGCAUAUAAAAUGCAUCUCGCUGGGGAGGACAGGGGCUGAUAUGAGCAUCGCUGCGAAGCUUUUCGACACUCUGCGACCACUGUCGAUAGUCUUUCUCAACCUGGGGGAAAACCAGCUUGGAGAUGAUGUCACCACACUGCUAGUAUCCCUGCAAGAGUGCAACCACUCCAUGGAGAUUAUAGAUCUGGAGAAGAACAGCAUCACUGACAGUGGAGUGAGCGUUCUGACCAGCUGUCCAGCCGUCAUGGAUAUGGAACGAGUGCUUCUCUCAGGCAACCCCAUCGCAGAGCAAGCAGUGCCAAGGCCACUGCUAUUGGCCAAACACCGCUAUAACUAUCAGUUUUUUGUAGACAUUGCAGCAGAGUAUGACUACUGAUUCUGCAACUGGUCGUCCAGGGACAGAGCUUACUGAGUGUGGUGCAGCAUGUCCCCUCAGUCUCUGGCCGGCUAUGAACAGAAUGUACAAUCAUGUACGAUCAUGCACAUGUACACAAACAAUGACAAUGCUGUACCUAGCUGCCAGGUGAAGGAGUCCCUUGCAAUUAGAUUAGGAUAGGAUUGUGAAGAAGUAGUAGCCGUUGCAACUAAGGCAACCACUGCAGUUGUGGUAGUGUUGCAAAAGAAGGAUCCACGAGCGGGAUUCGAACCCAGCACCCCUGUCUUUCCGGGACAGUGCCCUACCGAUUAGGCUACCGGGGAUCACACACACUCAUGGGUCCUUCUUGCUACACUGCUCCCCCGCCCCAACAGGCUGUGUCCUCACGCCGUACCUAGCUCGCGGGGGGUACGAUGGGUCGUGGGUUCGAGCCAUUGCCAGGCGCCAAUGUUGCAAAAGAAGGAUCCACGAGCGGGAUUCGAACCCAGCACCCCUGUCUUUCCGGGACAGUGCCCUACCGAUUAGGCUACCGGGGAUCACACACACUCAUGGGUCCUUCUUGCUACAGUAGCUAUGGUAGCCAUGGUAGCUAUGGCAAUCAUUGCAGCUAUGGCAACCAUUGUCUCUAUAGCCAUGGCAGCUAGAAUCUCCGUUGUGCCUGCUCAAUCUGUGCGAAAGUUACUAAUUACUGUACGCGUUUUGGAUCAUGACCUGUGCUUGUGCUGCCUUUUAUACUUCCAGGUCUACAGACAAAAUAGACAGUUUGCAAGUGAACAUUUAGAUCAUUGUUUUCAACUUACUGAGCCUCUUCAUACCUACAUAAUAUAUACUUGUUGUUGUAUGACUUGUAUUAUCUUGCUGUAUGUGAGGGCUGGUGUGAUCGGUCAUGGCCUUUUACUCUCAGUCUCUCAAUCAAUCAAACAAGUUCCUGUCCUUGAAUGAUUUUAUUUUUUUAAUAUUUAUUCUUUGAACCGUCAAUUGAGAUUUUCCUGCGCCCGAUAACAUCCAUAAUGAGCUGAUCAGGCCAUGCCAGCUCCCUGUACAUAUAAUUUUGAAUAAUGUUACAGAGCAAAGCACAGCUGAGCUUUCUCUAGAUUGAGGCAUUUGGUGUAAGGUUAGGAUGAACCCAGGCUAGUUAGGUUUGCUACUUUUCUUGUGGUUCUUUCAUUGGUUCACACCGGGCGCCUGUGCUGUUCAAUUCUAUGAA